GUACUAUAAGGUUUUUUGUGUUUGUGUUCGCGAUUGCAAGUAAUUCAUUCAUAUUUGCAUAUGAUGAAUGCAACGAGCCACUUUUGGACAAAGCUCAUUUGAGAGCUACGUCGCAAUUGCCUGGAAGAGGUCCAUACAAUGCAAGACUAAAUGAAACAUUCCACUAUCGGUAGUUUGUUGCUUGCCAUCUAUAUAUUAUUAUAGUUUGAAGAAACAAUGAUCUAUAUCUAUCGUUAAGAUUGCUUUCCUACAUCUAUAUUUGAAAUUAAGUUUAAUAACCACACAGGUGGAUGCUAAAGAUUAGCCUGGUUUUUUAAAGACAAGAACUUUUAAAGAAAGCAGUGUUUUAUCGACGGGAAGAGAUAAUUUUAGGAAUAUUAAAGUAACAUAUUAAUAUAUUAAGUUAUUUCGUAAAAUUAACUUGUCAAAAAUGGCUCCAAGUAUUCGAUGGGCAUUUAAAUGGAAGGAAUGGAAUCCAAAUGAAAAGGAAUUUUCACGUGCAAUUUCGUGUGUACAGUUAGAAGAAAAAGAAAGAUUAGGAAAAUUCGUGUUUCGUAAGGAUGUUAGGGCUUCGCUUGCAGGUAGAUUAUUGAUGAGAAAAUUUGUUAACGAAUAUGGAAGUAUUCCUUAUAACAAAAUAGUAUUUACAAGGGAUCAAAAUAAUAAACCUAUUUUGAAAAAUGAUACUUUGGGUUUAAGUUUUAAUGUAUCUCAUCAAGGUGAUUAUACAGUAUUGGCAGGUGAAACAAGAAAUAUGCAAUUAGGUGUAGAUAUAAUGAAACUUGAAUACACCGGUGGCAAACAAUUGGCUGAAUUCUUUCGUAUAAUGAAUAGAAAUUUUACAUGUUCCGAAUGGGAUGAAAUAAAAGGCUUCUCCACAAAUCAAUCAGAGCAGAUUGAAAUGUUUUGUAGACAUUGGGCUUUAAAAGAAAGUUAUGUAAAGGCCACAGGUACAGGUAUUACCAUUGACCUCAGAACAAUUGAUUUUAAGACAAAUUCGAAACUUAAACUUAAUUCCAUUACAACUGAUACAAUCUUGAAUAAAAAUGGUAUAAAACAGGAAUGGUUAUUCGAGGAAACAUUGUUAGAUGCACAGCAUUGCGUUGCUGUAGCAUUACAAGAAAAUGGGAAAGCACCCCAAUCGCAAAAUACCGUCUUUGAAAUAAUAAAUAACGAUAAAUUAUUUGUAAAUAGCAUUCCAUUGCUUCCUGUGGAUACAGAAUAUACAGAAAAAUACUUUAAGAAAGAAGAACACCCAUAACUUUAUAAAAUUCGAUAUACGAAUUAUCUUAUAUCAUUAUAUUUUUCCAUGGGUUAUCAAUUUCUCUUCAGUUGUAACAAAGAUGUACAGAUACAACUAUAUAAAUUUAGUCAGUGGGUAUAAUAAAUUAAUAAGAAACACUCGUACAAAUUUAUUUCACCUCUUAAUAUAAUACUUCAUACAAUUUGAAUUAAUUGUUUAUAUUAAAAAAUUCAUUUACAUCAAUAUUAAAAUUUAUAUUUAAAAAAGAAACAGAGAUUACAAAUUUUAUACAAUACACGUACCUGAUAGCGUUGUACUUUCUCAUUCUUGCUUGGGAAAAGGAUCACUUUAAAAAUAACGUGUAAUCUUACAGCUUUUCUUUUCUUACUUCUUCUUUAAGAAUUAUUGCUUUAAUCUGUUGCAAUAAAAUUCUGACAGUGUAUCCAAAGGACCUAUUAAUUCAAUUAGUCGUUGAAUGUGACUAUAUUUAAUGCGAGUACUACAAAUUCUAUGUAGAAACUUGAUUUUGAAAUGGAAUAUAAAUUUCUUAUAAAUUAUGUUAUUGUGAACUAAUUUCAUAUUGUUUAUAUGAUAUUUAUAUAUGAUAUGUAUAUAUAAAUAUAGCAAUAUACAUAUAUAUUGUUGUAGUACUUAAUCCUCUGAUAGAUGUUGUUAAAUAUGAUUGCUUUCUUAAGU